AUGAUGAACCAAGGAGGUAAUACUGAGACCGUUGCUCCACUGGACCCCAAUUCUCUUGAGAAUCGCUAUAUUGUUAAUGCAAGCCAAGGACAGACGCCUUCAUAUCCUCCCUCAACAACUGGUUCAGAAGCGUCAUCAUGGACCGUUCAUAGGGUGGAUAAUAGCUCCACAGAUAAUGGGACUCAUUCUCAUUCAACUUAUCAAUAUGAUCAGCAUCCACAGCCACCUGGGAGUAGUUCAUCGAGUUUGGGAACAGUAAAUACACCACAAGACUACAAUACCUAUGCUUCAUACCAAAAUUCUGCGGAUCCAUAUGGUUAUGGAAGCGCAGGAUACCAAGGUUACUAUAACAACUAUCAGCAGCAAUCCAACACUUCCUACCCACAGCCCGUAGGAGCAUAUCAAAAUACAGGUGCUCCUUAUCAGCCUCUUUCCUCAUUUCAGAAUACAGGGUCUUAUGCUGGGUCUGCAAGUUAUUCAAGCACUUACUACAAUCCUGCUGAUUAUCAGACAGCUGGAGGUUACUCAAGUAGCGGUUACAAUAAUCAGACCACUGCUUGGAAUGGCGGAAAUUAUGCAAAUUAUACCUCUAAUCAGUAUGCACAGUAUGCUCCAGAUACCAGUGCUGCAUAUAGUUCUGGUACUGCGACUUCCACUUCGCAAAAUUAUCAGCAACACUACAAGCAAUGGGCAGAUUAUUACAGUCAAACAGAAGUCAGCUGUGCUCCUGGGACUGAGAACAUUUCUGUUACUAGUACACCCAAUGUGGGAUGUCCGGUUCCAGGUGUUACCACUGGGUAUCAAACCUCAGACAUCCAGCUACCACCACCACCUCCGUACGCUCCUUCUUGGAGGCCAGAACCCAGUCCACCUGAAUUGCCAUCAGUGCAGUCUGGUGCUCAUGAUGGUUACUGGAAUCAUGGGGCUCCUACUUCUCAAUCUCAAAUUCACCACAGUAGUCCUAUGCAACCACACUUUCAAAAGUCUUUGGAUCAGAAAACUUCUUAUGAUAGCUUUCUGGAUCAACAGAAAAGUGCAUUUUCCCAAGCACCCAACAUGCAGUAUCCUGCUUCUCAGCAGGUGCCCCAUGUGUCCAAUACUUACCAGCCACCCUCACAAUCUGUACCAUCCCAUGCGUCUCAUACUUACCAAUCACCCUCACAACCUGUUCCAUCCCAUGGGUCUCAUAGCUACCAAUCACCCUCACAACCUGUUCCAUCCCAUGCGUCUCAUAGCUACCAAUCACCUUCACAACCUGUUCCAUCCCAUGCGUCUCAUAGCUACCAAUCACCCUCACAACCUGUUCCAUCCCUUGCGUCCCAUAGUUACCAAUCACAUUCACAAGCUGCUCCAUCUGUAGAUACACGAAGAGUAAAUAAACUGCAGAUUCUAACAAACCCUAGAAUCACUUCAACUCUGACCUUGGGUUUACCAAAAACUGAGAAGGAUAGCUCUAUAACCACAUCAGCAGCAAAACCUGCUUAUAUCAGUGUUUCACUGCCAAAGCCGGUUGACAAGGUGACAUCCAGUUGUACUGCUGAUUCUCUACUUAAGCCUGGUAUGUUUCCUAAGUCACUGCGUGGUUAUGUCGAGAGGGCUUUGGCUCGCUGUAAAGAUGAUACACAAAUGGCUGCUUGUCAGUCUGUCAUGAAGGAGAUUAUCACCAAGGCAACAGCUGAUGGUACACUUUACACACGAGACUGGGAUACUGAGCCUCUUUUCCCCCUGCCAAAUGAAGAUACUGUUAAUAAAGACAGUUUACAGUCUUCAAACCUUGUUUCGUCAUUGCCAAAGUACAAUAGAAGUCCGAGUAGACGAUCCAGGAGUAGAUGGGAACCUCUACCAGAGGAGAAGCCAGUUGAGAAACCAGCAUCUGCCAAUAAUGAUAGUUUAAAAUUUUCAUGGGUACAUGUCAUUAAUAAGGAAAGAAAGCCAUGGAUGGGGAGUGCUGGGGUCAAGGGUGAUAAUACAAGUAAUGGAAAGUUUGCUUCACUGGAGCAGAAAACUGCAAGUAAGAUGACCCAGAAGCCAUUUAAGAAGCAGCGUCUUUCUGACGGUGUAAGUACUGCUGAGAAUGGUGAUGCAUCUAGUGAUAGUGAUAAGGAAGAAAGUUUAACAGCAUAUUAUGCUGGAGCAAUGGCCCUUGCGGACUCACCUGAGGAAAGAAAGAGACGUGAAAGUCGCUCUAGGCGUUUUGAAAGAGUGCAAGGACAUCGAGCACAAAAUAAUCACUUCAAACCGAAAAAGGCUGGUGGCGGAAACUUGUAUACCAGAAGGGCUAAUGCCUUGGUGCUCAGCAAAAAUUUUGAAGAUGGUGGCAGCAGGGCUGUUGAGGACAUUGACUGGGAUUCUCUUACUGUUAAGGGGACCUGCCAGGAAAUUGAGAAACGUUAUUUGCGCCUCACUUCUGCACCUGAUCCUGCGACUGUAAGGCCGGAGGAUGUUCUUGAAAAAGCUCUGCUUAUGGUACAAAGUUCCCAAAAGAAUUACCUUUAUAAAUGUGACCAGUUGAAGUCCAUUCGUCAGGAUCUGACUGUCCAACGAAUUCGCAAUCACCUAACAGUGAAGGUGUAUGAAACCCAUGCUCGCUUAUCAUUGGAAGUCGGGGAUCUGCCGGAGUAUAAUCAGUGCCAGUCACAGUUGAAAUCUCUCUAUGCUGAAGGUAUUGAGGGAUGUCAUAUGGAGUUUUCUGCAUACAACUUACUUUGUGUUAUCCUUCACUCAAAUAAUAACAGAGAUCUUGUAUCAUCAAUGGCAAGCUUGUCAGCUGAAGCAAAAAGGGAUGAAGCUGUUAAACAUGCUCUUGCAGUUCGUGCAGCUGUGACUUCAGGGAAUUAUGUUUUGUUCUUCAGGCUCUACAAGACAGCUCCUAACCUGAGCCCCUGCCUUAUGGAUCUUUAUGUUGAAAAGAUGCGGUAUAAGGCAGUGAGUUGCAUGUGUCGAUCAUAUCGACCUACGAUACCUGUUUCUUAUGUUGCUCAAAUUCUGGGAUUUACCACCAUUGCACCUGCAAAUGAGGGAAGUGAGGAGAAGGAUUCAGAGGGAUUGGAUGAAUGCAUUGAAUGGUUGAAAGUGCAUGGUGCAUGCCUUAUUGCAGAUAACAACGGAGAAAUGCAGAUCGAUACUAAGCCAACAUCUUCAAGUCUUUACAUGCCAGAGACCGACGCGGUGUCCCACGGAGACGCGAAUCUCGCUUUGAGAGCAGUUGAAGAUGAAGAUCAUGCUCUGCCUUCACAAUCUAAAAUGCGCAACAAAGAGUGGGCAUCCCAGACCGAUUGGGCAUUUGGGGUUCCCCUGUAA